UCCUUAGCUUCAACAGUGUUCAGAAUCUCUCUCUGUCUGUUUCUUGAGCUUCUUCUGGUUCACCAAGAACGACCCAUCAUCCUCCUCUGCUCCUGCAAUGGCCACCGACGGACAUCAGUUGCCCACGGCGGCCGCGGCCGCGGCCUCGACCGGGUCGAAGAGGGAGAGGGCCGGGGAGAGCAGGCUGUUUGGCAAGAGCACGUACAAGUUCUGGGUGUUGGCGGCCAUCCUGCUGCUCGCGUUCUGGUCGAUGCUCACCGGCUCCGUCACUCUCAAGUGGUCGGCCGGCAACCUCGCCAGGUUCUCCGCCGACUUGCUGGAUUCGCCUUCCUACGAAGAUCUCGACAUCUUGGAAGUGGAGGAGAGAGAGAAGGUAGUGAAGCACAUGUGGGAUGUGUACACGCAGAGCAAGAGCAGUAGAUUGCCCAAGUUCUGGCGGGACGCCUUUCAGGCUGGUUAUGAGUUCUUGACGAGUGAUGCGCCGGGUGUUCGCGACGUCGCCGUUUCUGAGAUCGCGAAGAUGUCCCUUCGCUCCUUCACUUUCUCCCACCCUCUCGCUGGUCAUUCUCAUUCUGUGAAUAACCACAACCAAAGAGAGACUUCUGCGAUAACGGCUAAAACUGGCAAGGGUGCUUAUGUUGCAAGGAUUCUAUAACUAGAAUCUCUCUUCUGCCUCAUUGGAAUGCCUGACUAGCUGCUUGUGGUUUUUACUGAAGAUGGCAAUAUACCUGAUCACACCCAUAAAAUCCAUCGUUUGGAGGUAAAUAAUCCACGUGGAAUACACUACUACUAUAUCGGAAUCCCGUGUUCUUGUACUGUACUUCCAUUCUUUCAGUCGGAAGGCAAUUACGUCGAGCUUUGUAUGAGCUUAUGCUGAACUAGAAAGCCCAUGAAGAUAUGGGUUUCAGUUUACAUUACAUGUAUGUAUGAGUGACUGUCUCCGGAGUUUCAUCCGGAGAUCAGAUGCAAUAGAUACUUAUGUUUAGUCCAUGAGAAU